AUGUCGCAGCCGGGCUACCCGUUCGGCCAGGGGCCCAGCCGCCCCGGCGGCGUGCAGGGCCUGCCCCAGGAUCCCGGCAUCUCUCAGCCGCACCGGCCACCCCAGGUGGCCGCCCCACCCUACGGCAUGGCACCCGUGCACGGCGUUGGGCAGCCCGGCCAGGGCGGUGGGGCGGUGUUCGCGAUGGGCGGUGGGGCGCCCUACGGGGCGCCUAGGGGGGGCAUUCGGCAUGCCGGGUUGCGGCCGGCGCAGGCGCCGCCCAUGCAGCAGCACAGAUACAUGCCGCACAUGGGCCCGCCACCGCCGCAGCCGCACCCGCCGCCCAUACUGAACCCGCGGGCCUCCCAACCGGUGAGCGCACGGUACGGGGUCCCGUCUGAGGGGGUGGGGGAGGGAGGGCGGUUGGGCUUUUCGGUUCGAGGGUUGGACCGGCGUGGGGAAGUUUGA